GUGCCCCAGCCAUUGAUCUUCCUCCAGAGUAUCUGGACGUGGUUCAGUUCAAGGCUGGAAGUUCAGUUAAGCUUAGAGUUGGAAUCAUUGCCAAGCCUCUACCAACCAUUGAGUGGCUCAAGGAUGGAAAGGAGCUGGUAGCAACCUCUACCAUGUCUACUGAAAACACAACUGACUCUUCUGCUGUUCUGAUCAAGGAUGCAGCUCGCCUUCACACAGGCUCAUAUGAGAUCAAGAUCAAGAAUGUUCUGGGCUCAGCAUCUGCAACCAUCAGGAUUGAAAUCUUAGACAAACCUGGACCCCCAGCAGGGAUGAUUAACUUCAACUCCAUUACAGCAGACAAGAUCAUCUUCAGCUGGGAACCUGUGCCCGAGUCUGACCAGGGAGGUUUUAAAGUGACCCACUACAUUGUUGAGAGGCGUGAAACCAGCCGCGUGGUCUGGUCGACAGUUUCAGACAGGCACGAGAAGACACAUAUCACCGUCGGGAAGCUGGUGCGCGGAAAUGAGUAUGUGUUCCGUGUAAUGGGUGUUAAUAAGUUUGGAGUUGGAGAGCCACUGGAGUCGGAGCCUGUCAUAGCUAAGAAUGCCUUUGUAACUCCUGGGCAACCUCAUACUCCUGAGGUGAAUAUCAUUACCAAGUCCACCAUGGUGGUAGAAUGGGACAAACCAGGUGUAGACGGAGGUAGCGCUGUGACGGGCUACUACCUGGAGAGACGCGACAAGAAGAGCUCACGCUGGAUCAAAGUUUACAAAGACCCUGUCACGGACAUCAAACAGACCGUCUACCAUCUGACAGAAGGAAAUGAAUACCAAUAUCGCGUCUGUGCCAUUAACAAGGCUGGAGAGGGACCGUUCUCUGAUGCAUCAGACUACUACAAGGCUGCUGAUCCAGUUGAUCCACCAGAUGAGCCUUGCAAGCUGAAGGUGGUGGACUCCACCAAGACGUCCAUCACCUUGGGCUGGUCCAAGCCUGAAUGGGACGGAGGCAGUGAGGUCACCAGCUACAUGGUUGAGAAGCUUGUUGAGGGAGAGCAAGAAUGGGCUAUGAUCACCUCCAAGGGAGAGGUCAAGACAACAGAGUACACAGUUCAUGACUUAAAAUUAGAUGUCAACUACUUCUUCAGAGUCUCUGCUGUCAACUGUGCUGGCCGUGGAGAGCCUCUGGAGAUGACUGAGCCUGUGCAGGCAAAGGAUAUCCUAGAGGAGGCCCAGAUUGACUCAGAUGUGGCAAUGAGAAGUCACUACAUCGUGAAGGCUGGCAAGGAUGUGGAGCUGUCUGUUCCUCUGAAGGGCAGACCUGCUCCUACUGCUUCCUGGAGCAAGGGAGAAGAAUGCAUAGAUCGUGAUCCCAAAUAUGAGUUCCACAGUUCAGACACGACCACAGUCCUUGUUAUGCGGGAGGUGACCAGGCUCGACACUGGAAAGUACACAGUAAAGAUAGAGAAUGGUGUGGGAGAGCCCAAGACACUGACCCUGUCUGUCAAGGUCCAGGAUACUCCAGCUCAGUGUACAAAUCUGGUCCUGAAGGACGUGACCCGUGGAAGGGUCACUCUCUGCUGGGAGCCUCCACUCCUCGACGGCGGUGCUGAGAUUACAAACUACAUUGUUGAGAAGAGGGACUCCUCCAAGAGAUCCUAUUCUGCAGUGACAAGCAAAUGCAUAGAAACAACAUACACCAUUGAAGACCUCUCUGAGAAAACAUCCUUCUUCUUCCGUGUGUUAGCAGAGAAUGAGAACGGUGUUGGUGAUCCGUGUGAGACACUUGAGCCUGUGAAGGCUACAGAGACUCCAGGACCAGUCAAGGAGGUCUCUAUGAAGGAUUCAUCCAAGACUUCUGUCACUCUGCAGUGGCUGAAGCCCGAUUAUGAUGGCGGCAGCAUCAUCUCAGACUAUAUAAUUGAGAAGAAGCUCAAGGAGGAGGAAUGGUCAUUAGGAGGAACCAGCAAACAGUGUGAGUUUGAGGUCAAGAAACUCAAGGAGCAUUCAAACGUGUUCUUCAGAGUUGCCGCCAGGAAUGAGAAGGGACAGGGCGACUUUGUUGAGAUUGGGCCUAUCAAGGUCAUUGACUACAUUAUAACACCAGAGGCAAGCCUUGCAGAUUACCCAGAUGGCACCAUAAAUGUUCGCCUGGGUCACAAUGUGCACAUUGAGCUGCCAUACAAAGGUAAACCCAAGCCUUCUGUACUGUGGCUAAAGGACAACCUGCCUCUGAAGGAGAGUGACCAGGUCCGCUUCAAGAAGACAGAAAACAAAGCCACUCUAAUUAUUAAGAAUGUGAAGAAGGAGAAUGAGGGUAAAUACACCCUGACCCUUGACAAUAGGGUCAACAGGAGAUCCUUCCACAUCCAUGUCAUCACACUUGGACCACCAUCAAAGCCUGUUGGACCCAUACGCCUGGAUGAAGUGAGAGCUGAAGCUAUCAUGAUCUCCUGGGAGGAACCAAACGACGAUGGCGGUGGAGACAUCACCUGCUACACUGUGGAGAAGCGUGAUACCUCUAAGUCUGACUGGAAGAUGGCCUGCUCCAAUGUACAGGGCACUCAGUUCAAGGUCCCCAAUCUGAUCAAGGGUGUGCAGUACCAGUUCAGAGUGUGUGCUGAGAACAGAUACGGUGUCAGUGAGCCUCUAGUCUCACAGAUGGUCAUUGCCAAACACCAAUUCAGGCCUCCAGGCCCACCGGGCAAGCCUGUUGUGUACAACAUCACUAAUGACGGUAUGACCAUCCAGUGGGAGCAGCCCAUCUAUGACGGCGGAACCCCCAUCCAGGGCUUCCAUGUGGAGAAGAGGGAAAAGAACAGCAUCAUGUGGCAAAAGGUGAACACUGUGCUGAUCAAAGAAACAGAAUACAGGAUCCUGGAACUCAUUGAAGGCCUGGAGUACUCCUUCAGAGUCUAUGCCCAGAAUGAUGCUGGCUUCAGUCGAAUGAGUGAUGAGAGCAAGCCAACCAUGGCUGUCAGCCCUGUUGAUCCUCCUGGCCAGCCCGACUACAUUGAUGUGACUAGUGACUCAGUGACACUGAAAUGGGAUGCACCCAAACGUGAUGGUGGUAGCAAGAUUACCAACUACAGCAUUGAGAAACGCCAAGGACAUGGCCGCUGGUUCAAGGCCAACUUGACUGAUGUACAGGACUGCCAGUACACUGUCACUGGGUUGACGACAAAUGAACGCUACGAGUUCAGAGUGAUUGCCAGAAAUGCCAUUGGUGUUGUCAGCCCUCCCUCCAACUCCUCUGGCUUGAUUGUGGUCAGGAGUGAGAACGCUGCCCCAAAUAUUGAGUUUGGCCCAGAGUACUUUGAGGGUUUGACAGUCAAGGCAGGAGAUAAAAUUCGUCUGAAGGUGACCAUCACUGGACGUCCUGUUCCCAAGGUCGUCUGGUACAGAGACGGUGUGGAAAUUACCAAAAAAAUUAUGGACAUUAUCAAUGUAGCUGGAUCCAGCACCCUGUUUGUCAGGGACGCUGAUCGUACACACAGUGGCCUCUUCACUGUGGAGGCUACCAAUGGAUCUGGAAGCAAGAAGGAGAACAUCCUUGUUCAAGUGCAAGACACACCUGGGGAGCCAGUAGGACCCAUCACUUUCAGUAACAUCUCAGAGGGCAAGUGCACUCUGUCUUGGAACCCACCAGAGAAGGACGGCUGCUCUGAAAUUUCUCAUUAUAUCAUUGAGAAGCGUGAGACCACCAAGAUUUCCUGGGCUUUGGUGUCUGAUGAAUGUAAGGAGUGCACUUUCAAUGCAACCAAGCUCAUUAAGACCAAUGAGUACCAGUUCCGGGUCUCUGCUGUUAAUAAGUUUGGAGUUGGCAGACCUUUGGAAUCUGGCCCCAUCAUUGCACAGAUGCAAUACACUACUCCUGAUGCUCCAGGCACUCCUGAUGCUACUGAGGUGACAGGAGAGAGCAUCACCCUGUCCUGGACUCCUCCAACAUCUGAUGGUGGAAACCCCAUUCAGUAUUACAUCCUGGAGAAACGAGAAAAGAAGACUGUCAAGUUCUACAAGGUGAUUACCAAGAAGCCUAUUGUUGAAUGUGCUCACAAGGUGCUCCACCUGACAGAGGAUAUGGAAUACGAGUUCCGGGUAAUGGCCGUGAAUGACGCUGGUGUUGGAGCACCUAGUAACAUCUCUUUGCCUAUAAAGGCUGCCGAACCAAAGGAUAUUCCUUGUGCUCCAUCUGUGAUCUGUGUGUCCGACUCCACCAACACCUCAAUCAGCCUGGAAUGGACCAGGCCUGCGGACGAUGGAGGCAUGGAUAUCCUGGGCUACAUUAUUGAAAUGGUGAAGGGAGAAGAGGUAGAAUGGAAGAGAGUAAAUGAGCAGCUGGUGGCGGAAACAAAUUACGUUGUGACAGGUCUACAGACAGGAGCUGAGUACAAGUUCCGUGUCGCAGCUGUCAAUCACGUGGGCAGAGGCGAGGACAAAGAGACUCCGGAGCCUGCUCAGGCUGUAGAUAGGCUUACACCACCACAGGUGGAUAUUGACGCCACCUUUAAGCAGACACACAUUGUUAAGGCUGGAGGUUCAGUGUGCCUGGGCAUCUACUUCAGAGGAAAGCCAAUUCCCACUGCAACCUGGGUGAAGGAAGAAGGAGAGCUCGGUGUCAUGUCAGAGAUCACAACUACAGAUGACCACAGUUCUCUUAGCAUUGAAAACUGCACGAGAUAUGAUACUGGCAAAUACACUGUUAACCUGGAGAAUGCUAGUGGCAGCAAGGCCAUUACAUUCACAGUAAAGGUGAUGGACACACCUGGACCUCCUCAGGCUGUUGCCUUCAAGGAGGUGUCCAGAGGCUCAGUAACACUUAUCUGGGAGCCUCCUCUCAAUGACGGUGGAGCCCGGAUCCAUCACUAUGUUGUUGAGAGACGCGAGGCUAGCCGCCGCACUUGGCAGCAGUCUGGUGGCAACUGCAAGCAGCAUAUACUGAAGAUCGAGGACCUGCUGGAAGGAGUGCCAUACUUCUUCAGAGUUUCAGCCGAGAACCAGCAUGGUAUAGGUGAGGCUUUUGAGCUGACUGAGCCUGUCAUUGCCACCGCAGAGCCAGCACCCCCAAAGAGAAUGGAUAUCCUGGACACUACAGACAACUCUGUGUCUAUGGGCUGGCUAAAACCGGAGCAUGAUGGUGGUAGCCGCAUCCAGUGUUAUGUCAUUGAGGCCAAGCCAAAGGGUACAGACAAAUGGGUAGUGGUUGGCAACACCAAGAAUCUCACCUAUGUGGUUGAAAAGCUCAACAAGGGUGAUGAGUAUGACUUCCGUGUGAAGGCUAAGAAUGAAGCCGGUUACAGCAAGCCCAGGGAAACUCCAGCUCCUGUGCUGGUCAAAGAGCCUCAUAUUGAACCAACCGCUGACCUCAGCGAGAUCCCCAACCAGAUCAUCACAAGCAGCUCUGGCAGUACUUUCACCAUCGACGUUCCCAUCAGCGGUAGACCUGCUCCUAAGGUCACCUGGAAGCUGGAGGAGAUGAGGCUGAAGAGCUCAGACAGAGUCUCCAUCAAAGUAACUAAGAACAGAACCAGUAUCUCCGUCAAAGAGGCCAUGAGAGGAGAUGGUGGUAAAUACUACCUGACCCUGGAGAAUGUAGCAGGAACCAGGACCUUCGCUAUUGAAGUUAAUGUCACCGGUAGACCCAGUCCUCCAACUGGACCCAUCGAAAUCUCAUCCAUUACCUCUGAGUCCUGCAUCAUUAACUGGCAACCACCAGAGGAUGAUGGUGGAACAGACAUCACCAACUACAUUGUGGAGAAGCGUGAGUCUGGGUCCACCGCCUGGCAGCUGAUCAACUCCAGCGUAAAACGCACAUCUCUCCAUGUCAGUCACCUGACCAAGUACAUGCAGUACACAUUCAGGGUUUCUGCCGAGAAUAGAUUUGGUGUCAGCAAGUACACUGAGUCUGAGACUAUUGUCGCAGAGCAUCCUUUCACACCUCCUGGCCCACCAACAAGGCCUUCAGUUUUCAAUGUCUCUGCUAACACAAUGACCCUGAAAUGGGAGGAGCCCUAUCAUGAUGGUGGCAGCAAGGUGACAGGCUACUGGAUUGAGAAGAAGGAGAGGAACAAUAUCCUGUGGGUGAGGGAGAACAAGAUCCCUUGCUUUGAGUGCUACUACAAGGUGGAGGGUCUGGUCGAAGGCCUAGAGUACCAGUUCAGGGUUUAUGCCAUGAACAGUGCUGGGCUGAGCAAAGCUAGUGAGGCCUCCAAGGGAGCAGUUGCUCAAAACCCAGUUGAUCCACCAAGUAAGCCCGAAGUCACAAAUGUUACAAGAUCCACUGUCUCUCUAAAAUGGUCCGCUCCACUGAACGACGGUGGCAGUCCCAUCGUGGGCUACAUCAUCGAGCGUAAGCCGUACACUUUGACCGGUGAGGGGCGUUGGCUCAAGUGUAACUACACCAAUGUGACAGACACUUUCUACACUGUUACUGCCCUGGGAGAGGGAGAGCCCUAUGAGUUCAGAGUCAUUGGCAAGAACGGCAACCAGGUCUACAGCAAACCCUCAGAGUCCACCGGCUCUGUGCAGUGCAAGACCGACUUUGAGCCUCCAAAGGCCCAGCUGGACAGCAAACUCCUGUCCGAAACCGUGACAGUCAGAGCUGGUUCAGACCUGGUUCUGGAUGCUGCAGUGGGAGGCAGACCUGACCCCAAGGCUUCUUGGUCCAAAGGCAACAAGGAGCUGGAGUUGUGUGAAAAGUACCACCUGCAGUACACCUCCACCAGGGCAAUGGCCAUUAUCAAGUUCUGUGACCGAGAUGACACAGGAAAGUAUAUCCUCACAGUCAGGAAUGUUAGCGGAACCAAGACCGCUGAGGUCAACGUCAAAGUGCUUGACACCCCGGGAGUAUGUGAAGGCAAGAUUGAGAUCAGCAAUAUUACAGAGGAGUCAUGCACACUGAGCUGGAAGUAUCCUCUUGAGGAUGGCGGCGAUGAGGUCUCCCAUUAUAUCGUGGAGAGGCGUGACACUAACAGACUGAACUGGGUCAUCAUGCAUGCCGAGUGCAAGGAGCUGACCUGCAACAUCACCAGGCUGUUCAAGAACACUGAGUACCUGUUCAGAGUCCGGGGUGUUAACAAGUACGGAGCUGGAGUCUACCUCCAGUCAGAGCCCAUGAUUGCCAGAAACACUUUCACCGUGCCAUCUCCUCCUGGUGCUCCAGAGAUCCUGGUGUCAGGAAAGGACUUCGCCACCAUCGAAUGGCUGAAGUCAGAGAGCGAUGGCGGCAGCCCGUUGAUCCACUACCUGGUAGAGAGGCGGGAGAAAAAGAGUGCCCGCUGGGUAAAGGUGAACAGGGACGGAGCUCACCUGGACACCACACUGAAGGUGUCUGGUUUGACCGAAGGCAACAUCUAUCAGUUCAGAGUGACAGCUAUUAACAAGGCCGGAGAGAGCGAACCCAGCGAGGUUUCUCUGUAUGUUAUCUGCAGAGUGCCAACAUGCACCCCUGCUCCUCCUUCUAUCCCUCGUAUAACCGACACCCACGCUGACAGCAUCAGCCUGGCCUGGUCCCGCCCCGUGGACGACGGAGGAGCUGAUGUGAUUGGCUACAUCCUGGAGAUGCAGGAAGCCGGAGCAGAGGAAUGGAAGAAGGCCCACGAAAAGACACUGCGUGCUUCAGAGUAUGUGGUGACCGGACUUUCUGCAGGCAAGAAGUACUGCUUCAGAGUGGCUGGCAUCAACAUCAACGGUACAGGAGAUUUCAGUGAACCAUGCACUGAGACUGAGCCAGUGGAGAGAAUUGAAACUCCUGACUUUGAGCUCCACGAUGACCUGAAGAAGACCAUCUGCCUGCGCGCUGGUGGCUCCCUCCGCCUGUUAGUAAAGGUCACCGGUCGUCCCGCUCCCGCCCUCACUUGGACUAAGCCUGGUGUUGACCUCCACAAUAGAGGAUUUAUUGAAGUCACAAACACGUCCACCACACUCAUCAUUGAUAAGGUCCACCGCUACGACGCCGGCAAGUACACGCUGGUGGCCGAGAACUCUGCCGGGAAACAGGAAGUCAACAUUCUGGUCAAGGUCUAUGAUACUCCUGGACCAACUGGACCAAUAAAGAUCAAAGAGCUGACCAAGGAGUCCAUCACCAUCUCUUGGGAAGCCCCAACCGUGGAUGGCGGUGCUCCUGUCAACAACUACAUCAUUGAGAGGCGUGAGGCCUCCAUGAGAGCCUACAAGACCGUCACCUCCAAGUGCAAUAAGACAUCUUACAAGAUUGAUGGCCUGAUGGAGGGCAUGCUGUACUACUUCCGGGUCCUGCCUGAGAACAUCUAUGGUGUCGGUGAGCCCUGUGAGACUCCCGAUGUCAUCCUGGUUUGUGAUGUGCCUCUGCCGCCACACAAGCUGGAGGUGAUCGACGUCACCAAGACCACAGUCACCCUGGGCUGGGAGAAGCCCGAGCAUGAUGGUGGCAGCAGACUGACGGCAUACGUAAUCGAAGCCUGCAAGUUUGGCACAGACAAGUGGAUGAAGGUGGCCACACUGAAGACCACAGACUUGGAACACACCAUCGAGAAACUAAAUGAGAGAGAGCAGUACUUGUUCAGAAUCAGAGCAAUCAACAGUAGAGGAGCCAGCGAGCCCAAAGAGCUUGUUACGGCCAUCACUGUACAGGAGCAGAGAGUAAUGCCUGUGGUGGACUUCUCCAGUAUUCCUCAGAAGGUUGUCAAUGUCCUGGCUGGUAAGACUCUGGAGCUGGAUCUGCCCAUCAUCGGCAGGCCUCCUCCCGUCUGCUCCUGGUACUUCAACGAUAACAAGAUCAAAUUCUCAGACCGUAUCAAGGUCAAGAGCACUGGAAAGUUCUCCAAACUGACCGUGUCUGACACCACCAUCAAUGACACUGGUGACUAUUCACUGGAGGUGAAGAACGCCGUUGGUGUUAUCACCGAGGUCAUCAAGGUCAUCAUCCUCUCUAAACCUGAUGAACCAAAGGGACCCAUCAGAUUUGAUGAGAUUGAUGCCACCACGGUCACCUGCAGCUGGGAUCCUCCAGUCAGAGACGGCGGAGCUCCCAUCAGCGGCUACAUGGUGGAGCAGCGUGAUGCUCACAGACCUGGCUGGGUGCCUGUCUGCGACUCUGUUAGCCGACCAACUUUCAAGUUUGAGAACCUUAUUGAGGGAGAUGAGUAUGUCUUCCGUGCAGCUGCGAUUAAUAACUACGGCACUGGAGAAUUCCUGCAGUCUGAGAUCGUCACCUGCAAGAGCUUGAAAAAUGUGCCUGGACCUCCUGGCCGUCCAACCAUCUUUGAUGUUUCUCGUGACGGCAUGACCGUGGCCUGGAACCCACCAGAUGAGGACGGCGGCCUUGAGGUUUCUGGAUAUAUUAUCGAGCGCAAAGAAGUCAGAUCUGACAGAUGGGUGCGUGCCAACAGGAACCCUGUCACCAUGACCAGAUACAGGUCGACAGAACUGACGGAGGGUCUGGAAUACGAACACAGAAUCACCGCCAUCAAUGCCAGAGGACUGAGCAAACCAAGUCUGCCAUCCAAACCAGCAGUGGCAACAGAUCCCAUCGAUCCACCUGGCUGUCCUCAGAACCCGAGGAUCACCGAUACCACAAAGUCCUCUGUGUCGCUGGCUUGGAGUCCUCCUGAUGAUGAGGGAGACGCAAGGGUGGACGGUUACCUGAUUGAGAUGCAGAAGGUGGGCACCAUGCCCUGGAUCAAGUGCAACACCACACCGUCUCUAAUCUGCGAGUACACGCUGACCAACAUGCCACAAGGAGAGGAGUUCAAAUUCCGUGUGAUGGCUUGUAAUGCCGGGGGCUCUGGAGAGCCUGCUGAAGUACCUGGAACCGUCACUGUAACUGAGAUGCUUGAAUCUCCUGACUAUGAGCUGGAGCUCAAAUACAAAGAUGUGUACGUGGUCCGCCACGGCGGAGUGGUUAGACUCUCUAUUCCCAUCAAGGGUAAACCUCACCCAACCUGCAAGUGGUCGAAAGAUGGUGGUGCAGUCUCCACUAAGGCCAUGAUUGCCUCCACCGAGGAUUCCAGCGAGCUGGUGAUCAAGGGAGCAGAGAGAAGCGACACUGGCGUGUACGAUCUCCUGCUGGAAAAUAGGGUUGGCAAGAAGAAGGCCCAAAUCAAGGUGAAGGUCAUCGGGCGUCCAAGCGCUCCAGAGGGACCACUGGUCUUUGAGGAGAUCCAGGCCAACUCUGUGAAGGUGUCCUGGAAGGUGCCCGUGGACGACGGUGGCUCAGAGAUCCUGGGUUACAUCAUAGAAAGACGCGAGGCAGCCAGAAACGCCUGGUACACUGUGGACUCUAGAGUGACUGACACUCAGCUGGUUGUCAAGGGACUGAAGGAGGGAACAGAGUACCACUUCAAGGUGACGGCUGAAAACUCCUUUGGUAUCAGCUCCUCUCUGAAGUCAGAGAAGCCACUGGUGCCCAAGACUCCCCUAUGUCCCCCUGAGCCUUCAAGCACCCCACCAGAGAUCAUGGACGUCACAAAGAGCUCUGUGGCAUUAGCCUGGUCCAGACCAAAGGACGACGGUGGUUCUGCCAUUACUGGCUACUUCAUUGAGUACAAGGUGGUGUCUGAUGAGACGUGGUCCCGCCACCAGACCAAGAUCAGCUCCACCAUGUUUACUCUGCCUGGACUCACACCUGACGCAGACUACCAGUUCCGCAUCGUUGCUGUCAACAACAUCGGCGAGAGCGAGGCUGGUCCUGUGUCUGACCCAGUCACAUGCAAGGAUCCGUUCGACAAGCCAAGCCAACCAGGCGAGAUUGACACAGUGAACGUGACAAACAACUUCAUCACCAUCCGCUGGCAAGCUCCAGAGUGUGAUGGUGGAAAGGAGGUCCUGGGCUACUGGGUGGAGUACAGGAAGUCCAUUGAGAGCACUUGGAAGAAGUGCAAUAAGCAGAGGCUGAAGGAAAAGGAGUUAACCAUACCUGGACUGGCUGAGGCUACAGAGUACGAGUUCAGAGUGUUUGCUGAGAAUGAGACAGGAAUGAGUAGACCUCGUAGGACUGCCACGUGCAUCAAGACUAAACUGAGUGUUGAAGCUAAACCAAGCCUGAGAAAGGAAAUGGAUGAAGUAACUGCCAAACUUGGCCAGCCUGCUGUCAUGAAGUGCCAGAUUAUUGGCAGGCCUUGUCCUGACAUCAAGUGGUAUCAUGCAGGCAAGGAGAUUGUUGAGUCCCGCAAGUACGAGAUGAGCUCUGACGGCCGCAACCACUCCCUGUCUAUAAUGACUGACCAGCAGGAGGAUGAAGGAGAGUACACCUGCAAGGCCAUCAAUGAUGCCGGAGAAGCUGAGACCUCAGGCAUUCUGGUGCUGGAGGCUGCUUCGUCCUUCCAUCCCGACUACCCACUGAAGGAAACGUACUAUGCUGGCCUGGGAAGCACUCUGCGCAUCCAUGCCGUCUACAUCGGCCGUCCUAAGCCAAAGAUCAUGUGGCUGCAUGGGACGAAGACCCUGGAGAACACAGAGGACAUCAGCAUCGAGACUACCGAGCACUACACACACCUGAUCAUCAAGAACGUGCAGCGCAGAGUCCAUGGAGGCAAAUACAGGAUCAGACUGCACAAUCACUUCGGCAGGGCUGACACCGCAUUCAAUGUUGAAAUUUACGACAAACCUGACAUUCCUCAGGGUCCCAUUGUGCUGGACGCCCUCCUGAAGAACUCUGUCAUCAUCAGCUGGAAGCCUCCCAAGGAUGACGGAGGCUGUAUGAUCACCAACUACAUAGUGGAGAAGCGUGAGGACAAGGAGGGCACAGAGUGGGAACUGGUGUCAUCAUCGAUCAAUGGCACAUCUUGCCGUGUGCCAAACCUCAUCGACAGCGCCGGAUACUUCUUCCGUGUGUACGCCCAGAAUCGCUAUGGCAACAGCGAGCCACUGGAGCUCACUUCACCUAUCCUUAUCAAGAGCCAACUGGAGAAACCAUCACCACCCCUGUCGCCAGUUGUUUCUGGAAUCACCAAGGACUCCUGCGUGGUUUCCUGGAAGCCUCCACUGAGCGAUGGCGGCUCCAAAAUCAAGAGCUACUGCCUUGAGAGCAAGCACAAGAAGGGCAAGAAGGAAUGGAGCGAAUGGACUCCAGUGUCCACAGACGAGAUCAAACAGACGGUGUUCUCCGUCAAGCGUCUGACCGAGGGCAUCGAGUACAUCUUCCGUGUGAAGUGCGAGAACCUUGGAGGACAGAGCGACUACAGCGAGGAAACUGCUCCAAUUGUUCCAGCCACAGCCGUCGAGAUCCGUGCUCCUGCCUUCAAAGAAGAGCUGAGGAACAUGAGUGUCAAGUACAAGAGCAAUGCCACCCUUGUCUGCAAGAUCACAGGACAGCCCAAGCCUGUAAUCAAAUGGUUCAGACGAGGAAAGGAGAUCCACUCUGACGGAAAGAAGAUCAAGAUCCAGGAGUUCAAGGGAGGUUAUCACCAGCUGGUCAUCACCGACGCUGAUGAGGAAGACUCCACUGUGUACCAGAUCAGGGCCACCAACCAGGGAGGAUCCAUCUGUGCUACAAUAUCUCUGGAUGUUGAAAUCCCUGCCAAGAUCCAACUGCCAAAGAACCUGAAGGACAAGGAAGCCAUUCCUGCCCUGCGUGGAGAAGUGGUCAAUAUCAAGAUUCCUUUCAGUGGCAAACCAGAUCCUGUCAUCACAUGGCAGAAGGGACAAGAUCUCAUUGACAGCAAUGGCCACUACCAGGUCAUUGUCACUAGAUCAUUCACUUCUUUGGUGUUCCCCAACGGAGUGGAGAAGAAGGAUGCUGGUUUCUACAUUGUCUGUGCCAAGAACAGAUUUGGCAUUGACCAGCAGACAGUUGAGCUGGAUGUCGCUGACGUGCCUGAUCCUCCACGUGGUGUCAAAGCCAGUGACGUCUCCAGGGACUCGGUCACACUGAACUGGAUGGCCCCAGCAAAUGAUGGCGGCAGCAGAGUCAUCAACUACAUCAUUGAGAAGUGCCCCACCACUGCUGAGAGGUGGCAGCGUGUUGCCCAGUCCCGUGACACCCGCUACACUGUCAUCAAUCUGUUUGGAGGAACCGGCUAUCAGUUCAGAGUCAUCGCUGAGAACAAGUUCGGGCAGAGUGCUCCAUCUGAGACCAGUGGACCGGUCAUGACCAAGGAGGACAAAUCAAGAGUUCUGCUGUAUGAUAGGGAGGUUGAUGAUACUGGACGUGUUCCUAGGGGCAAGGCUCCACACUCAGAUGCUAAGAAUCUGCACAACAAAUACGCAAUUGCAGAGGAAUUGAGCAGAGGUCAGUUUGGCAUUGUCCACCGCUGUGUUGACAUCAGUUCUGAGAAGACCUACAUGGCUAAAUUCUUCAAAGUGAGAGGCGCAGAUCAAGCAAUAGUCAAGAAGGAAAUUGCAACACUGAAUCUGGCCAAACAUACUAACUUCCUCCUCCUCCAUGAGUCUUUCGACAGUCCUGAGGAGCUGGUGAUGAUCUAUGACUUCAUCUCUGGUGCUGACAUCUUUGAGCGCCUCAACACAGCUGAGUUUGAGCUUAAUGAGCGGGAGAUUGUCAACUACAUCAGGCAGGUCUGCUCAGCUCUUGAGCUCCUGCACUCUGAGAGCUACGGACACUUUGAUAUCAGACCUGAGAACAUUGUGUACACAACUAGAACCAGCUCUAAUGUGAAAAUUAUUGAGUUGGGCCAGGCCAGACACCUGACACCUGGAGAGCAGAUCAAGAUUCAGUAUACUACUGCAGAGUAUGCCGCCCCUGAGAUCCACCAGUGUGACAUGGUUAGCUCUGUCACUGACAUGUGGUCUGUUGGUGUCCUUGCCUAUGUGCUCCUCAGUGGACUUAAUCCAUUCACAGCAGAAACCAACCAACAGAUGAUUGACAACAUCUCUAAUGCAGCCUACAGCUAUGACGAUGAGUCCUUCAAGCAGGUCAGUGUUGAGGCAUUAGACUUCACAGACCGCCUAAUGACCAAGGAACGUAAGCACCGUAUGACUGCUGCUGAGGCUCUGGCGCAUCCUUGGCUGUCCAAGCCUGCUGAGGAGAUAAGCACCAGAGCAAUCCCAACCGGAAGGCAUAAGAGAUACUACCAGACAAUGGUGAGGAAAGAGUGGGCCGCUGUGGUCUCUGCAGCCCGUGUGGCCAGCGGCGGCUCCAUCAGGUCCCAGCGGGGUGUCUUUGUUGCCAAGGUGAAGAUUGCUCCAUUUGAAAAUGGUCCUGUUGGAGGCCAGAUUGGCCAUGCAGUGGUGAAUGAGGGAGACAGUGUGAAGUUCGCCUGCAACAUUGAAAACUAUGAUAGCACCACUGAAGUGACGUGGUACUGUGGCGUCAGGCAACUUGAAGCUGGUGACAAAUAUGAGAUUGAAUACGAGGACGGCUUGGCUGUAAUCACCGUCAACAAGGUCACAAGAGCAGAUGAUGGCACUUACAGAUGCAAGAUUGUGAAUGAGUACGGUGAGGACAGUGCCUACGCAGAGCUGUUUAUCAACAGUGUUAGAUCUUACCGCGACUUCUUCACCACCCGUGUGGUCAAGAAAACAAAGCGCAGAGUUGACACUGCCAGAAUGCUCCAGAAGCCACCAGAGUUCACCCUUCCUCUGGUCAACCGUACAGCCUAUCUUGGUGAGGACGUCCGCUUCGGCGUCACCAUCACUGUUCAUCCUGAGCCUCGUGUCAUCUGGCACAAAUCAGGACAGAAACUCAUUCCUGGACACGAUGACAAGAAAUACACCUUCAUCAGCGACAAGGGUCUGUACCAGCUGAUAAUCCACAGCCUUGAGGAAAGUGAUGAUGCUGAGUACAGCGUUGUGGCCCGUAACAGGUACGGUGAUGACAGCUGCAAGGCUCGUCUCACUGUUGUUCCUCGACCUAAACCAGCAGACCUUACCCUGAGGCCCAUGUUCAAACGCCUGCUCGCAAAUGUCGAGUGCAGGGAGGGCCAGAACGUGCGCUUUGAGAUUCGAGUAUCCGGCCAUCCCACACUGAAGUGGGAGAAGGAUGGCAUGCCUUUGGCCUUUGGACCAUCUAUUGAGGUUGUCCAUGAGGGUCUGGAUUACUUCAUCCUUCAUGUGAAAGACACUCUCCCCGAGGACUCUGGUGUGUACAGAGUUACUGCAACCAAUUCGGCUGGAUCUGCCAGUUGCCAGGCCACGCUCAAAGUAGAACAUGUUACUCAUGUAAAGAAAGAAUAUGAGCCCAGUGCAAAGGAGAAGGAACAGCUAGCUCAGAAGCAGGAAUUAGACAAAAAGGUGAGGCUGUCUCAGAUUAUGUCUGGCACUGUUGUUACACCUCUACCACCUGCAGCAGUACAAGCUGUCAGGGAGGCAGCCACCAUGUUCAAACCUGCUGUGACAACUAAGAAGGGUGAGAAGACUGAGGCUGAGAUACAGAAAGAACAAGAGGAGAAGAAGAAGCGGGCAGAUGAGAAGAGGCUGCGUAUGCCCUAUGUCGUCCCCACUCCUCGUGUCAUUAACCCAGCUGUUCUUGAGGAGGAUGUGGAAAUAAAACACUUCAAGCCACUCUCUGACAUGAAAUGGUACAAGAAGCUGCGAGAUCAGUAUGAGUUCCCUGAGCCUAUGGACAAAAUCAAGCAGAAGAGGAUGAAGCGCAUUCGCCUCUCCAGGUGGGAGCAGUUCUAUGAGGUGCCCAUCAGGAUCAAGGACCAGUAUAAGCCUAAGUGGCGCAUCUCGGCCUUGACUCAAGAUGACUUGGAGACCGUGAGGCCUGCAAGGCACCGCACUCCUUCCCCUGAGAUGGAUGCCUACCACAGGAUCAGGAGGAGGUCCCUGGGUGACCUGUCAGAUGAGGAGCUGCUGCUGCCUGUGGGUGAAUACCUGUCCAUGAAGAAAACUGAGGAGGAGAGGCUUCGUCUGGAGGAAGAGCUGGAGCUUGGCUACUCUGCGUCUCCACCUAGCCUCAGCCCAGUUCGCUUUGAGCUGUCUGCCCUGCGUCCCUCAUCUCCUAAAAGAGUUUACAGUGAAGAAGAAGAGGGAGAAGAGAUCCGCAGAUAUGACUCCUACAGAGUUCCAUCUAAAUAUGAGGCUGGCCCAAGUUUUGUUGAUCUCCGCCAGCGUCACGACAAAGUCACACACAAAGCUCCAAGACAGAAGCAGAAGGUGUAUGAAGAGAGGGAAGAUCAGGAGCUGCUGCGCCCACCCAAAACUGCUCAGAGAAUCUCCUCUUACAAGAGUGAACUCAAACGCAUGGAGUUUGAGGAGAAGACGCGUACUUCGAAAAAGGAAACUGUCACCGUUGCGACCUUCUCUGAGGACAUUGAGUCUGAGCACAUAACAGGUUUUACCUCAGAAUAUAUUCUUAAACCCAUCAAGAAGCUGUCAAUGCCCGAACCUGAGAGGUCUCCGACUUCAGGAAAGGCGGUUAAGGCCGAAGUGACCCUUCCAAAAGUUGACUUUGCGUCCAGGUAUGAGGAGAGAAAGCAGGCUCUGAGAUCAGAGAGAAGAUCAGUGGAGAGGAAGUUUGAAGUGGUGACACAGGCUCCCUUCAGCCUUGACCACGCCCCACGUAUUACCAUCAGGAUGCGGUCUCAUCGCGUACCCUACGGCUCCAACACAAGGUUCACCCUGAAUGUCCAAGCCAAACCAGAACCUGAGGUCAAGUGGUUCCACAACGGAAAAGAGAUUAAUCAGAGCAGCAAAUACCACAUGACUAACAUCAGUGGAGUUCUGACUCUCCAGAUCAUCAACUGUGUGACUGAAGACUCCGGCACUUACCGUGUGGUCUGCAGGAACGGCAAAGGAGAGACUUCGGACUACGCCACACUGGAUGUAGCAGAAGCAGAAUACGCUGCCUUCUCUUCAGUCCGCAAAGACGAGGAGCCUCCAUCCUCACAUCUGCCAGAGAUGACCAGAACUGAGGUAUACCACGUGUCCUCCUCUAAAACGACAGUGAAGGAAACUGUGACUGAAACUGUGAAAGAGUCCACUGCUGUUGUCGAGAAGCCAAGGGAGAAGCCUGGUGUUCAUGCCAAGUUCCUGACCAAGCCACAGUCCCUGACUGUAGAGGAGGGAAACCUCGCCAGAUUUGACUGUGAUGUGGAGGGCGAACCAGCACCUUCUAUCACCUGGCUGCACGAAGGCGAAGUUGUUAGUUCCUCUGCCCGUCACCACGUUGUCUCUACUCAACACAACUCCCACUUUGAGAUCUCUGCUGUUGAGAUGUCGGAUGAAGGCAGCUACACUGUGCUGGUGGAAAACGCUGGAGGUAAACAAGAGGCCCAUUUCACUCUGACCAUCCGCAAGUCUGAGUCCAAGGAGAAAGUAGUCGCCCCCCCUAGAAUCACCUCUCCGGAGGCAAAGUCCCCUCUUGCCAAGUCCCCUGAACCAGUCAAAUCUCCUCAGAGAGUCAAGUCCCCUGAGCCAAUCAAGUCACCUCAGAGAGUCAAAUCUCCAGUCUCCCCAAAAUCUCCAACACCAAAAUCCCCAACACCCAAGUCCCCUACUCCCAAAUCCCCAACUCCAUCUGAGAAGGAACGGGUGACUUCUCCAAUCAAGUCACCAAAAAGAGUGAUGUCUCCAACUCUUGAAAAGAAGCCGUCCUUCUCUGUUGGGCUGAGCGACGUCACUGCCGCCUCUGACGCUGUCGUCAAGCUCUCAGUGAAGUUGACAGGAGAGCCCAAAGCUGCAAUCUCAUGGAUGAAGGAUGGAAAGGCUCUGUCUCAGGGUGGGAAGUAUGAGAUCUUUGAGGAGUAUGGCUCAGCUUAUCUUGAGAUCUAUGAAUCGGAGGUCUCUGAUAGCGGGGUGUACAAGUGCACUGCUACCAACAGUGCUGGAGCAGUGUCCACAACCUGCUCAGUCACUGUACAGGGCUCCAAAACAAAAGCUGAAAUCUCUGAGGGAGUUAUGAAACGGCGGUCAGACGCUCCCCACUUCUUGGUGCAGCCCAGAUCCCAGAAUGUGAACGAGGGACAAAAUGUUAAAUUCACAUGUGAAAUUGCAGGAGAGCCUUCUCCUGAAGUGGAGUGGUUGAAAGACAACACGACUAUAUCUGUCACAUCAAACAUUAGACUGAGCCGCUCGAACAAUGUGUUCACUCUGGAGAUAUGUGAAGCCACAGUCGCAGACAGUGGGAAAUACACGAUAAAAGCCAAAAAUCAGUUUGGACAGUGCUCUGCGACAUCCUCCCUCAAUGUCCUCACUCUUGCUGAGGAAACAACCAAAAUGGUUAUUGUGGAGCAAAGAGCUUCUACUGAUACAGCUGCCAGCAUGCAGAAAAGUUUAUCGGCCUCAUCAGUUCGUAUGGAAGCAGCUUCCAUGCGGGCCGGCAGUUACAGCAGCAGCUCCCGCUCUGCUGCUGCCGAGUUUGCGUUUGAGAGCACGUCUGCAACUAGCAUGUCUGCCAUGAUGGCUGAGUCAGUGGUUUCCAUGAGCUCCAGCAGCCAAAUGAUGGAAAUGUCUUCCCACUCGCAUGUCGAGGCCUCCUCCUCGCUGAAGGCCCUCACCACGGGGGUUAAAAGAGGCGUUCCACCAAAGAUCGAGGCUCUUCCAGAGAGCGUCAGCGCCGAACCGGGGAAGUCCCUGACUGUGGCAGGGGUGUUCUCCGGAGACCCGGCUCCCUCUGUCCAGUGGGUCCGCUCAAAUCGGACCCUGCCCAACGGGGAUGAGAGGUACCACGUGGAGAACACCGCUGACCUCUCCAUCUUUACGAUCUCUGCGGUGAAGGAGGCCGACGCCGGAGCGUAUACCCUCCGACUGUCCAACGAGUUCGGCUCUGACUCGGCAACUGUCAACGUUCACAUUCGGUCCAUGUAAAAAAAUAUAAAAAACGUUAAUUUAUAUCCCCCGUUUCCCUCAUCCAGAACCUUUUUAUUUAGUGAAUUAGCAACAAUAAUACUUGAUAAAGAUCUGGAUUUCUGUUCUUGUAAAUAUGAACUAUUUUUGUACCAAACUUGACAUUAAUUUAUGCCAAACUAGACUAAAGUCUAAAGUUGUUAUAAAAUGUGCCAUAUUGGACAAUUAAGACUUAGGAUUUUUGAACCACAUUUCUGUGACAUGUACAUAAUGUAUAUAGCCGAAUUUAACGGUUAUGGGAAAUGUAUGCAUUGUUAUUUAUGACAAUAUUAACUGAAACAAAAGAACAAAUGUUUUAACAGGAGAAAGUUUCACCAGGAACGAAUACCCUGUCAAACCGAGAAACUAAACUCUGUGCCUCAACGAUAAGUUGAAGUCUUAAGAUUGCCUCAACGGGUAGAGAGGCUCCCUGUUGACGUUAUGAACCACAAACAGAAAGACAAAGUUAUUGUUUUUGGACACGCAUCUGAGCGUGAGAUAUUACAGUUUCCUAUGAGUUGUACCAUGAGCGUAAGGCCCUGAGUGCUGUUUGCAUCACCCUCAUGUAAGCAGCACGACUCGGCCUUGUGCUCAGACUGACUGUGUCGUACCACCAUGAUUUGAUGACCAGCUCAGAGUGCGAGCGGCCUGCACUCUCAGCGUUUCGAUCAUUUUAAUAAAGAGCGCUGUUUCUGGCACAGGACGGCCGGACUGGCUUCUGAAAACGUAACAUCUCCUGGCCAUAAACGAACGGAAAGUCCACGCCGGCUCUGCUGUGCAGAAGCAGCGCCGUCUCUCGGAGGAUAAUUAGCUAACGUGUUUGUGUGUUGGAGUGCGAGUGUUUGUAGCUUUUAGUCAUUUCACCUUGUCAGUAGUCAGGGUCU